AAGUAGUCCAGGUCAACGAGUGAUGCGGCAUUGGGUAUGAACUUUGUUAAUAUCAUCACUCGUUCUAGUUCGUUGUAGUUGCAGUUCCUGUCUACUUCUAGUCAAUAAUUCCCUUGAUCAUGGUCUUGAGAAGCAUGGCCAUAUUUUCAAGUCGUGCUGCUACUGCAACGUCAUCUCUGCAUUCUGCCCGUCUCCCCAGUCGAAAAUGCUAUAUCAGGGUUUCUGCUCUAGCUCUUUGGCGCAAAAUCAUUUUUAGAUUCGUGUCUUUUUCUUUACGGUACAUCUUGGCUUUUCUGCUUUCGACAGGCUUGCUAAUCUAGCCGCUUCCUAGCUGUAUCGAUUCUGACGUCAAAUCCCAUGUAGACGAACGACAUAUAUUGCCUAAGAUAUUUUUUGCAGAGGCUCGGCUACUCCUACGCAAAUCGCCUUCUACGUGGGUAAAAAAGGUGACAGACCGGCUUCCCUUUGCGCAGAACCGCGACCAAGCUAAGUAGAACUUUUUCUUCCUCAGAGACUGCUUCUGAAGCACCUUUUCUCUGGUGUCCUGACCACAGACGUCCCAAUGGACGGGCGUGGCUUAGAAGUCAUAACUUUCACCUUUCGCCUGAGAAAGCAGGUAAAACUGCGGACGGCGGACUCCAUCCUAAUCCUAAUCCUAAAACCAAAAACUUGUUGUAACGCGUAAGAGCAACCAUGUCGUCUUCCUCGUCCUCCUCAUCGGGCUUUGACCCUGCGACAUGGUCGCCCGAUCAAAUCAAGCUCACAUCGGGUGUCGUGGGUGCUGGUGUAUCCAACUUUUUUGGAAUUCCAGCCGACAAAUUCAGGGUGCUCGUUGCACAAGACACCGGCUCCACGCUCUCAGUUGGACAGCACCUGAAGGACACCCUUCGGUCACCCGGCGCCGCUUUCACGGGAGCAACUGCGAGAAUAAACAUGAAGAUAAUGGCAACUGCGUUGAAUCUGUAUUUUUUGCUUCAUGAUCUCUUAUUCUUUUCAUUGAUCAAGUAGCGUCGAGGAUGUGGAGAAGUUUUCGACCUCGUGUCAUCUACUGAGAUGAAUAUUCAAUAAGAAUCACUUGAGUUCUGAACAACUGGCUUUCGUUCCUGGUUAAAACGUUUCUUUUGCGCUGAAAAUAAUGACCUAAAAGCGGAUGUUGACCACGUUCGUCGUCACCCUCACCUCCUCUGUCUUAUCCUGAUCUGCCUGCAGGUACGUACCUCCAGACUGGCGAGAGUCAAAUCCAUUUGGUUGUGCGUUUGCGGUAGGGUUUGGCUUUAGCCCUUUACUAAAUGUCCCACGCAUGUUUCAGCUAGGGAAGAUAGCUGGCGACUCCUAUCCGCAGACUUUCCGCAAUUUUUUUACGAGUUUUGGCGGCCUCCAAAAGUAUGCUGCGAAUACAGCCAUGUUCGCGCCAGGGGAAGGCUUGCGAAUGAUGAUGUGUUUCGGAACCAAGGACUUCAUCAUGCCCAGAAUAGGCGGCAAAGAGGAUCCAAGGUCCUGCCUUCAGAAGGUCACGUAGGCAAAGACUGGGUCGUAAGCGUAGUAGUUGCUUACUACUUAUCAUCCUUGUCACACACUGAAUCCGAAUCGAUUAGAUUUUCAUUUGAAUGAAAUGAUAGCACCACGACGACCACUGCAUCUUUUCACCGAUAACAACAACAACGAACAGAUCGGUUUCCAUUCCGGUACAUUGCGCGAAGAUGUCUGCGAUUGCGGGUCCCGUUGUUGCCCUUAUUGAGACCAUUUUCGCGUUGACGACAGAAACCGUUUCCACCAUUCAUGCGAAAAAUGCGGCAGCGGCAACGAAAAAGCCAUUUCUUGAGCUCCUUCGAGAAACAAUCACUCCUUCCUAUACUGGACGCUGCUUUACGAGUCUCUGCGCCAAAAAUAUCCUCGCGAACACGAGUCUCUUCUGGAUCAUGUUUAUGUCCGACUUCUACACAAACAAGUCUGAGAUUCUGACCAAAAAGUAGGAACGAAGUCGAUGUCGAAGAUGGUCACUCGAUAGCGACGCCGCUCACAUGCGUGCGCACUUUGUGCAAAAUUAUAGAUGAAAAGCUAUCGAAGCAUGGUUUUUACAGCAAGUAAGUACUAGCUAUCUCACAAGGGGACAAGGGGGACCGGAUGUAAUAGAUUAACCAAAAGUACUGAGAAUAGAGAAAACAUAAGGAUGCUUCUUUGCCGCCAAAAAUUUAAUGAGGGUGCCUUCGUAGGCCAUUCAGCAUUUUAUACAUACACGUAAGGAUUUGGAUUUCCAAGAGGUAGAAAUGAUUGGCCAUCGCCCCCAGUGAAAGACAACAUCCACAUUUUCCACAGCCCCUCCUGGUCCUUUGUUGACAAAACAACAGCAAAUGCAAAAAGAAGCUGAAGCCAACCAAGGCUCGAG